CCCUGGGGUUUAAAUUGAAUUGAAUGAGCUUGGUGCUAUACUUAUCAUAGCUGGCCUCUCACAUAUAUUCAUCUCUCUCUUGCUUUCUUUCUCAGUCUUUCCCCAUUUGUUACUUCUAAGACGUUCAGCCUCUUGUUGGAUUUCUUGUAAAAGAAAGAAUCAUAGACGUUUGAGGAUACAGCUGGAGGCCAUCCACGGAAUAGCUUUGUAAAUAUCUGGUUUCCACCUGAUCACUCACUGGUGUUGCUGAUCUGUUGGAUCCUCCGGUCUGAGUGCUGCCUGCCCUGGCUGUGCAGCUGCCUUCCUCUCUAACAGGAGUGAGUGCUGAGGACUUGUGCUCAGCGGGGGUUUAAUAGGACAAGAAGCUAGCAGUCACCAUGCUGCGGGAAGCUGUAUCAAACAUGUUAAAACUCUACAGUUCUCUACAUUCGAGAACUGAUCCCCGAAUCAGAGACUACCCACUGAUGCAGGGCCCCAUUCAGAUGACCACCAUCCUGUUGGCCUAUAUCGUCCUCUCAGUGUACAUUGGACCUCGCCUUAUGGCAAACCGCAAGCCCUUCCGUCUCAACACAGCCAUGAUUGUCUACAACCUCAGCAUGGUUUUACUGAACGGCUACAUAGUAUAUGAGUUCUUGAUGUCUGGAUGGGGCACCACCUAUACGUGGAGAUGUGAUCUUAUUGACACCUCAGAGAGCCCGCAGACCUUUCGGAUGGUUCGAGUGGCUUGGUUGUUUUAUUUCUCAAAAUUCAUCGAACUCAUUGACACAGUAUUCUUUGUGCUGAGGAAGAAACAAAACCAGAUCACGUUUCUCCAUGUAUUCCAUCACUCCUUCAUGCCCUGGACGUGGUGGUGGGGCGUCACCUUGACUCCAGUUGGAGGAAUGGGCUCCUUCCAUGCCCUGGUGAAUUCAACUGUCCACGUUAUUAUGUACUUCUACUAUGGACUAUCUGCUGCAGGACCUCGCUUCCAGAAAUACCUGUGGUGGAAGAAGUACAUGACCGCCAUCCAGCUUACACAGUUUGUCCUGGUCUCCAUUCACAUCAGCCAGUACUACUUCAUGGAAAAGUGUGACUAUCAGGUUCCCCUUUGGAUCCACCUCAUUUGGAUGUAUGGCGUCUUCUUCUUCCUCCUCUUCUCCAACUUCUGGAUUCAGGCCUACAUAAAGGGCAAGCGGCUCCCUACCACAGAGGACAAGCCAAAACAGAACGGCUCAGCCAAUGAACCCAUCGCUGUGGUGUCCAAUGGGAAACACCUGGAGAAUGGGAGUGCGCACCGCCACACCAACGGCAAAAUCCUCCUGGGCAAAGUAAAGGAAAUCUGACUUUGUGACUCUGAAACUGAGGAGGCUCUAUAGCGCUACCUUGAAUAUGUCGUUCAUUCAUAUCUAGAAGCAUAUUGGAACGGCACAUAUUUCAAUAUGCUACUUCUACACUCCAUAGCCUCUAUAUAAGCCUUGUUUUUCUUGUGCACACUUGUUGGGAUAUGAAUGGCAUAGUGUUUUGCCGGUGAUCUCUACUUGCCACACUGUGUUUGUUAGUUGUUUUAUGAAAACUAUUAACUGAUGAACACUGUAUGAAGAUUGGUGCUCAUUUUCUCACUGAUAGUAUUCAGGCAUGACUGACACUACCUACUGUUCAGCUGGCAUGACCCUUGUUGCUUGGGAGUAUCGCACAUUUUCCACUGAAGGCUAGCACAUGUAAAUAACUGCAACUAAAACAAAGUUCAUUGUAAAUGUUGAAUAUUUAGGGUUAUUUUCUGUUUUUAUUUAUCUUUUGAAAUAAAACACAUUUUAGAUAAA